AUGUGGAAGGAGGAGUGCUUUCUUCAAAAUGCCAACUAUUGGAAUGCUGCGUUGGUGACACUGUUCUCCCUAGCACUAUCUUUGAUGGUAUACAAGGCAUGGAGAAGCUCCACUUGCAAGAAAGGAGAGGUCCCUGGCAAGUUAUGGUUGCCCUGUCUUGGAGAGACUCUAGCUUUCCUCUCUGCCACCAACAGCACCAAAGGUUGCUAUGAGUUUGUUAGGAAACGCCGGGCGUGGUAUGGAAGGUGGUUUAAGACGAGGCUUUUUGGUAAGAUCCACAUCUACAUCCCAAGUCCAGAGGGUGCAAAGACAGUGCUUACGAAUGAUUUCAUAAAGUUCAACAAGGGGUAUGUCAAGUCCAUGGGGGAUGCUGUUGGAAAGAGGAGCCUGCUUACUGUUCCUCAUGAGAGCCACCGACGGAUCCGACGCCUGCUCUCGGAUCCUUUUUCUCUGUGCUCCUUGUCUAAGUUCGUUCAGAAGCUUGACAUGAUGCUGCUAGAGAGACUGAAAUCAUUGGAAGAGAAAGGAGGGAGUUUUCUUGUGCUGGACUUCUGCAUGAAGGUGACUUUUGAUUCGAUGUGCGAUAUGUUGAUAAGUGUCACGGAUACGAAAGUCUUGCAAGAUAUAGAGCAGAAGUGCAAUGAUGUGUCCAACAUGAUGCUGUCCUUCCCUGCCAUGAUCCCAGGAAGCAGAUAUUACAAGGGCAUGAAGGCAAGGAAACAGCUCAUGCAAAUCUUCCGUGAGAUGAUUGCACGUCGGAGGAGUGGAAUGGAGCGUCGCGAUGACUUCCUCCAAGCAAUGCUGCAAAGGGACUCACUACCGGAGGAUGAAAAGCUCAGUGAUGAAGAGAUCAUGGAUAACCUUCUGACUCUGGUCAUUGCAGGGCAAAGCACAACAGCAGCAGCCAUGAUGUGGAGUGUCAAGUUUCUAGAUGGUAACAGACAUGCGCAGGAGAGACUAAGGGAGGAGCAACUCUCUAUAACUGGAAGUAAACCAGAAGGAGCUCUGCUCGCUAUGGAAGAUCUGAAUUCCAUGACAUAUGGGUUAAAGGUUGUGAAGGAAACAUUGAGAAUGUCCAAUGUGUUGUUGUGGUUUCCUCGUGUGGUAACUGAGAAUUGUGUCAUUGAAGGAUUUGAAUUGAAGAAAGGAUGGCAUGUAAAUGUUGAUGCAACUCAAAUACAUUAUGAUCCAUCAUUUUAUAAGGAUCCAUCAGAAUUUAAUCCAUCAAGAUUUGAUGCAAGUUUUUCAGAUCACCUUCUGCAAUUUUCCCUUCCAACUUUACUUAAUUAAUUAUCUCAAGGAACAUAGCGUUCCACUUUGCAGGAAAUGCAAAAGCCAUACACUUUCAUACCUUUUGGAUCAGGAGUCAGGACAUGCCUUGGGAUAAAUAUGGCAAAAGUAACCAUGUUGGUAUUCUUGCAUAGGCUAAUGUCCAGCUAUAGAUGGAAAGUUGAUGAUAUGGACCCAAGUCUGGAAAAGAGAGCUCACAUCCCAAGGUUAAGGAGUGGCUGUCCCAUAACUUUAAUACCAGUAGAGAACGUGGAAGGCAUGCAUGUAGAUUUGGGAAACCAGCUUGCUGAAGAUGCUGCAGAUGUGAAGAAACUCUGAUGAAGUUUGAGAGAUCAAGAGUUCUUCCUUGGAUGCUAUAUUACAUUGAUCACAGAUGUCAUAUAAAACUUAAAUGAUUGCACCUUCUUAUCGAACUAAAUGUGAUGCCUAAUAUCUAGAGACUAAGAUGUGGCUAGCUUCAGCUUUUUAUGAGAUACAAGGUGCCCAAAGCAUGCACUUUAAAUUUUGCAAUAAGAACGUCGCCAGCCCCCUGGAUAUACCUUUUAUUUUGC